AUUUUAUUUACUUUAUGGAUCAAUAAUUAAGGGUUAUUUAAGAAUCAAACAAUGAUCAUAUAUAAGAUUUAAUUUCAAAGAUUAACUCUACAACAAGAUUUAUUGAUAAAAAAGGAAAUGUCUUAAAAAAAAGAAGAGACACACUUCUUAAUAUUUUGAAGGACUUAAGAGAUACUGAUACCAAAUUAGCAGAUUCUAAAAUUUCAUGUAGCACUGCAAUAUUUUCAUCUAUAUAAGAUGAUAGCGAUUUCAUUCAUAAAUUAUAUGAGGAAAUAGCUCAUAAAGAUUAAUAGAUUUAAGAAUUAAAAGAUUAAAUAGAGACUCUAACAAAUAAAUUAAAGAACUCUUAAGCUUGUAAUGAAGAAAUGUAAUAUCAACUAUAAUAAAAAAAAUAAUCAUAAUAUCAAAGAGUUAAUAAGCUUUCAUAAUCUAGUAUAAAAUUAAAUAUUCUUAGUGAUUGUUCCAUCAUUAUUAAAUUAGAAUAUUGAACCAAAGAGUGACAACCCAAUCCAGACUAUAACUAAUAAUUCUACUAAAUCAACAGAGAACUCAAACUCAAAAGAAGAGAUAAAAAAAAUAAUUAGAAGAGUUUCAAUGUAAGCAGCUGCAUCAGCACAUAUUCUUGCAGCUAAAGGAGAUUAUGUUUCAUUAUAAGUUGCUCAUGAUGAAAUGUUAAGUUAAAAGAGUUUUGGAUCUCAAAAAUCAUUAUCUUUUAAAUGA